GUGGGCUUAAUUUGUAUUGUACUCUCUCUCACCAUAAAAAAACUUUAAAUGCACUUGACAUUGGACAAGAUACAACCAAUAUUAAUUGAAGCGUAUGAUCUAGUCCAAUUUAUAUUUGCCAUCUUGGGAGUCAUCUCUAUACCUUUGCUCUUCUUCAAAAAUCGCUCUUUUGAUGAAGACGAUGCCACUUUACCACCCGAUUCUUUCACCUUAUUUUUAGAAAAAACUUGUAGUCAAUUGGGAAUUCCUCGACUCAUGAUGUACAUUAGACCACAAGCUUAUUACGACAACUUAUCAAAACAACUCAACGACAGUGAGUUGGCAAAGUCUUCCAAAGGUGCAGUGAUAUGUUUGGCAUCGGCUGUAGAAGCCAGUGAUGAAUCAGCCCAUGUCUCUGGCCUUGUGAAUACGGGCAAUUCAUGUUUCUUGAACUCGGUGUUGCAGGCCAUGUCGUCUUUACCGCAUUUACACACUUAUUUGGAACAUGUCAGUAAUAUAUCAACGGGUGUUCCGUUACCCGUGACCCGAUCCUUAUUAAAAACCUUAAGAGCCAUUACAAAACCCUUAUAUCGACGAAGUUCGUUUCGACCGGUGGAUAUCGUAGCAGCGCUUUCGUCCAACCGACGCAUCAUCAGUCGAGAACAACAGGAUGCACAAGAGUUUUUUCAACUGGUGUCUAGUGCCAUGGAAACCGAAGGACAGCAGAUUGCCAAAACCGAAUCGUUGGGAGGUGGGUUGAAAGAUUUAUUAGGUACAUCAUCUGGUAUGGCUAGUGGGAUGAUGCAAAUCAAGAAAAAACCCACCACGACAAACGUGGAGAAUCCAUUGACUGGAUUGUUGGCAAAUCGAUUAUCAUGUAUGCAAUGUGGUUAUACCAGUGCGAUUCGACAUUUCUCGUUUAAUAAUAUUCAACUGAAUGUUCCCAACAAGUACACGGCAACAUUAGCUGAAUGUUUAGCGAAAUUUACAGAUAUUGAAUAUCUUGAAGAUGCCAACUGUCGACGUUGUUCAUUUGAGACCACGGUGAAAUCACUCACAACGCAGAUCAGCGAAUGUAAAAAGGAGAUGAAAAAAAAGAAGAACAAGCUGGAAGCGAUUAUUCAGAUAAAAAAAAUAGAGGAUGCAAAGCGAGAGAUUGAGACGCGAUUAAAAACCGGUAGGAUCGAAGAGGAAGAAGAGGAUAAGGGAGAUCGAUUACGUUUAUUAAAUUCGGUGAGUCGAUCAAGUACCAAACAAGUGAUGCUGGCCAAACCACCCAAGGUGCUCUGUCUUCAUAUCUCCAGAUCCGCUUUUUUAAAUACAGGUGCUAUUUAUAAAAAUACCUGUCAACUGCUUUUCCCCGAAUACUUGGAUGUAUCCCCUUUCAGUACCAAUGGCACAUUACACACUCAACCAGAUUUACCCAUUUCUACACCCACACAAAAGUCGGAUUGCUUUUAUCGUCUCAUGAGCGUGGUGGUGCAUUAUGGAAGUCACAGCUUUGGACAUUUUGUUGCGUUUAAACGAAGGAUCUAUGCAGAUCAGUGCAAAUGCUUCUCUUGUACGGGAGGGAAAGCGUCGGGUUUGGAAGAAUGGAAAUGUCAAAAUGCGUGGUACAGAAUAUCUGAUUCUAAAGUGGAUGAAUGUUCAUUGGAUGAUGUCUUGCGAUCCAACCCGUAUAUGCUGUUAUAUGAGCUUAUUGAUGAAGAUGAAUAUACGCAAGAGAUGACGAGUGUGGAGGAAUCAGAAGAGGAAGAAGAGUGGGAUGAUAUGUCUGUGUUGUCUUCUACGGAUUAUAAUAAUAUGCCUAUGGAUAAUGCUACGAAAGAAGCCUUACGUAUAGCUAAUUCUCUCUUGAUUGUAGAUCAUUGUUGAUAGUUACACAGCAUUUUUUUUUUCUUUCUUUUUUUUU